GACACGGCGCGAUCAGUUUGUUCGAUCGCGUUGACGGGGAACAAUCAUCCAGCAUGGAACUUCUCAACGGGCUGAUCAUCAUCGUAAUUACCCUUUUGAUUGCCACAGUUUAUGGGAAGAAAUCGUCAGUUCCGUUCCAGUUUGAGGAGGAAGAUGCUGGAUUAACAGUCCCUCAGCUCAUCCAGAAGUACGGUUACAACUUGGAGAAACACCAAGUCCUCACGGAAGAUGGCUAUCUUCUAGCUCUGUUCCGGAUACCGCCUCGCAGAGGACCAUCCACUAAACGUCCGGUCCUGAUGAUGCACUCCCUCAUGAGCAGUUGCUCGGACUUCAUCCUGAUCGGUCCAAAGCAUGCCCUUGGAUAUCUGCUAGCCGAUCGCGACUACGACAUCUGGCUGGGGAACGCCCGAGGUAACCGGUACUCCCGAAGGCACAAACGCCUCCACGUGAAGUCUCCGAAGUUCUGGAACUUCACUUUCCACGAGAUUGGGUACUACGAUGUCCCCGCUCUGAUCGACUACGUCCUGGACAAAACCAACUCGGCGAAACUGCACUACGUAGGGUUCUCACAGGGAACGCUGGUCAGCUUCGUGGCCAUGAGCACCCGUCCGGAGUACAACGCCAAAAUACUCCAAAUGCAGGAGAUAUCUCCGGCAGCGUACCUGGGCGAGCCGCCCAGCUUCUUCAUCCGGAUCUUGUCCGAGCUGGCUCCUAGUCUGGGAAUCGGGUUCAACAUCUCCGGAUCGAGCGAGUUCCUGCCAUACUGGAAGGGACAGUACGACUUCUACAAUACAGUUUGUCCAGCGCCUGCCCAACUUCUCUGCCGGCUGUUGCUGAACGACGUAGUCGGCGCCAAUCCUCGACAGCUGCAUCCAAAAACCCUCCGCAUCUUCUUGGGACACUUUCCGGCAGGGGCCGGAGUUCUCCAGAUGCAGCACUACGGGCAGGUCUUCAAGGACGGCAUCUUUCGACGGUACGACUACGGCGAUGACGAGAAGAAUAGGGCAGCCUACGGAAGCACCCAGGUGCCGGAGUACGACCUGUCCCAGGUCACGGCCCCAGUGCGGAUCUACUACUCGUACAACGACAACGUGAUCCCGUACAGGAACGUGCGACGGCUUGAGCGGGACCUGCCCAAUGUGGUCGGGAGCUAUCUGGUGCCGGAUGAGCGGUUCACCCAUGCGGACUUCAUUCUGGCCAAUCAGGUCAAGGAACUGUUGUACGAUGAGAUUGUUCGAAAUUUGGAAGCGGCAGAGAGAGAGAAGACUAGUUGAUUGAAUUAUAUGUUCCAUCGGCAUCCUGUUAGUUGUAGAGGCUGCUACCGAUUACUUGCAUGACAACUUUUCUAUAGAUUUUCAUUAGCUUAUUUUAGAGGGAUCAGUGUAUUUUGCUAGGAUUAAACAUAAAACUAAACAACC